AUGCCACUCUCACUGGUUCAAGCCGCAUCAGUGUCCUACUUCAAAUCCCAGUCAACGAUUCCUACUCUCUUCAAGCCCUCUGCUUUACUUCUUCAAAAGUCCAUCUUUCCUGAUUCCAAGCUAACCCUCCACCGGAUUUUCCACUACGCCACAACUUCAAAGAAAAUCUCAAAUGGGUCUGCGCGUGCUUCCUUGCUUGAGAGCCCUGUCUUAUGGGCUGGUCGAAUUUGCGUCUUUUACGCGCUAGUCAAAGCUGGUUUAGCUGGAUCCAAGUCUAACCCCAUCGUUUCUGGUUUGGAAAGUGGUGGUGUUGAUGCUGAAGAUGAUGGUGCGGAUCUUGGUUUCUCAAAGUGGCUUCAGAACAUCAAGGGCACAUCAGGAAGGGAUGCAGCUGAUAAGAGGAAGCUGGUGAGCAAAUGGCACCCGACGACAAAAGGAACACUUCGAAGGAACUACAGGGUACCUUCCAAAGGCGAAGGAAACCGUCUGCUCAAAUCCAUUGCCUCUCUUCUCUCAGAUGAUGACCACUUCAGAGAUGCAACAUCUCACAAGGGUUGUCAGAUACGGCGUGAGAGUGCGCACGGACAAAGCGUAUGUUGCAACAACGUGAGAGCUCUGUUUGAUGAGUUACCGACGCCACAUCUGGUGGUUGAGAUCACUCCUUUUCCAGCUGGCCCUCUUACAGAGAAUGAUUACCUUAAGGCCGAGAAGCUGGAGAAGGUUCUUAGGUCAGGCCCCAACAUUUGA